GCCGCUGGUGUGCUGACUAUCAAUCAACUUAAUCAUGACAACAAAGUCGGUAAGUGCACCGAAAGUGACGCAAACCCCCCUAGAAUUACAUGAAUUGGGGGCUUUGUUGCGUGAAAUAAACUCAACCAGCGCUAACAACAGUAGCACGAGAUUAGGACUUUCAAAUUUUAGCGAUAAAAACUGGAAGGAGCUACUGAAAUCACCAAUUUAUGGGCGAAUAUGUUUGACCGAGGGAGCGAACCGCCAAACCAUCCCAGCCAAGUUGUCGUCUGCUCCCGGGAGAAAGACGGCGUUCGUGUUCGGACCAGACACCGUGUGCGGUGCGUUGUUGGAGAAGAAACCGUACGAGUUGCUGCUGCACUUGGGAUUUCUACCAGAAUACAUACAUUUAAAGGCAUGCAUCCAGAAGUCCAAAUACUGGAUCGUUCUUCUCUCCGGGUCACUCAACAACCAGCAAAACCCCAUCGUACCGGCCACGUGGGAGGGCAUGGAGGAACUCAUCGGAACCUGUUACCCAGCUGCUCUUGAGCCAGUCCUAUCCCACUGGCCCACCAUCAAGACCAACCCGGUGGAGUACUUUGAGAAGGAGGUUGAUUUCAGGUUCAUCACGGCCGUCAGCGACCCGACUGGCCCCCUCUACAUGAGCUACGACAAGUUCAAAUCACUGCCUAGGCCGCAGACCGCCUGGCAGACCCGGCUUUUCCUGUACUGCGAGUUGCGGAUGUUUGAGCUUUUCUCCGGCGAUGGACUGACAUGCCGGGAGGAUGGGACCAAAGGGGAGAAGGAGUACGUCUGCAUGAACUACGAGCUGGAAAACAUUGACAGGAAGCACUGGCUGGCUAUUCCUCUGGAUGUGGAAGUGCCACAGGAAGUUAGGAUGAAAUAUGGAAAUAAUUCAUACAAGAUAUGCAUGUUAUUUUAACUUAAUUAAAGGUAAUAUACAACAUUUGCAAACAUGAAAAAACAUAACUUCCAAAUUGUUACGAACUACCUUGACUGUAUUUAAUAGUCUGAAGCAUCCUGUGAAAUCAUGGCACCUGGUGUGCUGUCAUUUUCAAGAAAAGUGAAA